AUGUCUGUGGAUUCUGUUGCCGUGGGUUCAGUUUCGGUUGCAGGAGAAGAUGCGCUCUGUGUCCCCGUUUCUGACGCUGCUUCGGUAUUGGACGCGGGAGUUGCUGUUGCUGGGGGAUUAGAGGGGGAGGCAGCACCGGACCGAGGAAUACCGCUUGGUUCAGGUGUGUUGGCGCUCGGAGGCGAGUUUGACUGGGAUGCGGCUGGCGAAAGCGAGGCUUGGAUACUGCUUGGAUUAUCUGCCUGCGUCGGUAGGGCUGAGAGGGGAGCCGAAUUUGACGCGGCAGCUGAAUUAGAGGGAGCAGCGGAGCCUCUAGAUGAGGGAACCUCGGCCAAGUUGAUCGGGACAUCCGUUGUUGGCAGCACUUGCGUGGCAGACAACGUGCCUGUAGCCGGUGGUGAGACCGGUGAGACCGCUCUCUGGCUGGCGCUGGAAUCCGGAGAUAAGGAAGGCAUGCCAGUAGAUCCAGGAAUGGCAGAGGGCCCUGACGCCGCUGGCAUGUUCUGGCUUGGAAUUGCACUCUGGCUUCCGGAGGGCAGCACUGACGGAAGUGACCCUGGUGAUGGAGAGACAGAGCCGUUGGGAGUCGGGAUGGUACCGGGCGGCUGA